GCCCGGCGCCGAGCUCCCGGUCCCCGGGCCGGCCGCCCGCGGCGCUCGGUGCCGGCAGGGCGCGCAGGGGGCGGGGGCCGCGGCUCGCCCCCCGCCGAUGAGCCGCCGCGGAGCGCGGGCGGACGAUGGAACUCCACAUCCUGGAGCACCGGCUGCAAGUUGCCAGCGUCGCCAAGGAGAGCAUCCCGCUCUUCACCUACGGCCUGAUCAAACUUGCCUUCCUGUCCUCCAAGACCAGGUGCAAGUUCUUCAGUCUGACCGAGACGCCCGAGGAUUACACCAUCAUUGUUGACGAGGAGGGCUUCUUAGAGCUGCCCUCCUCGGAGCACCUGAGUGUGGCAGGUGCCACCUGGCUGGCCCUGAACGUGGUGUCGGGCGGGGGUGGCUUCUCCGGCUCCCAGCCCAUCGGCGUGACCAAGAUUGCCAAGUCAGUCAUCGCCCCGCUGGCCGACCAGAACAUCUCCGUGUUCAUGCUGUCUACGUACCAGACAGACUUCAUCCUGGUGCGUGAACGGGACCUGCCCUUCGUCACACACACCUUGUCGUCAGAGUUCACCAUCCUGCGGGUCGUCAAUGGCGAGACGGUAGCAGCCGAGAACCUCGGCAUCACCAAUGGCUUCGUGAAACCCAAGAUGGUCCAGAGACCUGUCAUCCACCCUCUGUCCAGCCCAAGCAACAGGUUCUGUGUCACCAGCCUGGACCCUGACACGCUGCCUGCGGUUGCCACACUCCUCAUGGACGUCAUGUUCUACUCCAACGGAGUGAAGGACCCCAUGGCCGCCGGUGAGGACUGCGGCCACAUCCGCUUCUUCUCCUUCUCCCUCAUUGAGGGCUACAUCUCCCUGGUGAUGGACGUGCAGACCCAGCAGAGGUUCCCUAGUAAUUUGUUGUUCACGAGUGCGUCCGGAGAGCUCUGGAAGAUGGUGCGGAUCGGAGGACAGCCCCUGGGAUUUGAUGAGUGUGGCAUUGUGGCCCAGAUCUCCGAGCCCCUGGCUGCCGCAGACAUCCCCGCCUACUACAUCAGUACUUUCAAGUUCGACCACGCGCUGGUGCCAGAAGAAAACAUCAACGCCGUCAUCGGCGCCCUGAAAGUCAGCCAAGCAGAGAAGCAUUAGGAGGGCCUCUUCCACUCCUCCCUGUCUGCCCCCCCCCCAGGCCUGGGCCAGGCCCCUCCCCCGAAGAGUCUUCUCACGGUAUUUCUCACGGACUGGAAAAUCGGCCCCGGGGGCCCCCAAGACAGGGCCUCGGGGAGACACCCCCUGAUUGUUCACCCUGCCAGGCCUGGGGCCCAAGCCAAGGCCUCCCCAUGCCCUCCUGCCUUCCUGGAGCCCCCAGACCCUCCAGAGAACCCCCCCUCCCCCCAGCUCCUCCUCCCCACCACCCCUACUGCAGAAAAUGAUGUCUGAGGCCCAGGGAGUUUGCGAGCCGACCCGCCUUCCCCUCUGGCCUGGCCCGCUGUGGGGGGGGGGGGGGGACAGAUGCCGAAGGAAGCAGGCCCCCUCCUACGAGACAAUAGGGUUCUGAUUCUCGCGUCAUCCUGGGGAGCCGGCCGAGCGGAGCCGAGUUCACGGAGACCGGGGAGGCCCCCGUGAGGACCUGAGGCUGGAUGUUGUGGCCGCUGGUCUCCGGUUCCGUCAGCUCCGGGCUGGUUCCCGCAGAGUGGAGGCCAGUGGGCGGCCCUCGGGUCACGUGCUGGGGGAGGCUCCGACAAGCAGGGGUGGGGCCCUGAUCUGGGGAGGACCCAGGCCACCCAGAAUUUCACCUGCCAUCCACAGGGCCCGCGCCCCGACUCCCAGCAAGACUGCCAAGGGGGCCCUGUCCACACCCUCCCCGCCAUAAGCACUCACUCCUGGGGGCGGUUCCCAGGAGCCCCACCAGCCUGGGGCACGAGCUCCUGUCCCCGCUGCUUUCCCUGGACCCUCCUUGGGCAGGCGGAGCCUUGGUUUCCCCAAAGCGGGGGGCAUCCCCAGCAUUUUGGACCUGGGGUUCCUUGGGUCACCCCCACCCCCCAGCAGUUGACUAGACCAGCACAGGGCUCCCCGUUAUCCUGCCCCCUCCCCUGCCCCACUUUUGGGGGGAUGUGGAAGGCCUCUGCCCCCAACUCACCUGCCUGCCCGCCCCUCAGCUGGGGCCUGUGGCAUUCAUGAGUACUUGACCUGGGGGGCAGCUUAUCUGAGCCUUAAUAGAGAAAACUAUACCGUA